AUGCUAUUCGGUGGCCUAGCCAAUUCCGGUUGCCCUCACUGCCAACAUCGAAAUAAUCGACGAAAAAAAGGACAGUGCCAGCAGUGCCAUAAGAAGGCACGCUUCUACAUCACCCCGACACCGUGCUCUCUUACAGACGACUCUUGUCGAACCACAUCCCAUUCUUCAUCCAGGCCCCAUUCUCUGUCACCCUCUGUUCUUUUCCCUCGAGCCAAUUCAGCACAAUCGUCUCAUACUGAAACAUGUGAGUCGUGUGCAGUUCUAUUCUCCAUAGGUUUCAUCCAUUGUCUUUCUGAUUACCAUUAAUUAUUGUAGCCCCAAGACCUCAGAGUGUAACCCAACGUCCGCUAGAGCCCGGGCAUUGGCAAAUCCUUGGACCGGGAGCCUUAAUCAAAGCUUUGGAUCAGGUUCAAACCCUUGACAUUCUUCACAAUCCUUACAGUAAUAUAAACCAAGAUCUUCGCGAAGCGCAAUUAAUAGGUGCGAUUUUUUGGAUUGUUUUGACGUGUUUUGUGAUUAUAAUGAAUGUAACCAGUAGUAAUUUUGGAUUGUUUUAGCUGGGAUAAUGGAUGAUCCAACCAUAGAUCCCAACAUUGGAACCACGGUGAUCAGCACCAACACUGACACCAUCCAUCGGACUCCGGAUAGCCCCUCUAUGAAUGACUUUUUUUGGUAAGUUAUCUUGGCUUAUUAAACUUCCUUCAGGGAUCCCGUGGGAGAUACCAAUUAUGCCUCAGACACUUUUGACAGCGAUCUUUAUGAUUACGAUGACCGCACAAAUGCUCGUCUUGGAAGAACGCAAGAAGAUCUUCACAAAUACAAACAGCGAAUAGAUGCAAAUGUAGAACACCAGCGAGAAUACUCUGAGAUCAUGAAUGCGAUGCAUCAGAAGGUAAGAAUAAAGUGCGUCAAACCAUAAUUGCCGCCUCUUACAGCUUCAAGAGUACCGAAAACAUAUUGCCAAACUGGAAGGAAAGUUGCACAAACCAAUCAGUACAAGUGACGAUUCCUCCUUCUUCCCCUUAGGAAGGGGUUAUGACAUUGGAGUUGGGGCUGGACCCAAUGUAAAUAUUAGCACCGAUAUCUGGACAGCCGGCGGAGGGGGUGCUGGAUAUGGAGGAGCACGAGUUGGGGGUGAUACCAACCAGAACUUUGAUGUCAUGAUAAGGUUGGAUGAGGAGAGACGACGGGCUGAUGACUUCCGUAUUCAGUUAGAGAAUGAAAGACAAAAUAAUGAACAACUACAGAUAGAGAUCGACCGAAUCCGUCGGGAAUACGAGAGAGAUGCAAAAGAGAAAGAAAGGCGUUAUACUAACAGAGAACGGGUACGUAUAAUUAAGAAAUUUAAUGACUACUCUUGCAAAAAAUAGAUUAAAUUAGACAUCUGCAGGGCUACUGAAGUAAUUAGAAUUUUAAUUUUUCAGAACCUGGCCCAAUACCUCAGUGAUGAACAGAAAAAGAUGCUAGACCUCUGGACUGAGCUCCAACGAGUUCGCAAACAAUUUGGGCAGUUGAAACAACAAACCGAAGAAGACCUGGAAAGACAGCGACAAGACUUUUCCAAGAUCUUUCGAAACAUUCAAAACUUCACACGAACAAGUGGAGGAGGAGCAGACCCUCUAACCACAAGCAUUCAUCUUGGAGAUGGUGGAACCACAUACAAUCUGGACUCUGUAAUCCAGGAGACCAUCAGAAGAGUGGGCAAUAGAGGAGCAACCUCCCCAUACAUUGCUGAUCUAGACCUAUUGGCUAGACUUAGAAAAGGGGUUGACAGUAACGAUGACAAUACGGAACUUUACAACGAGUUGAUGAAAAAAUACGAAGAGGCCAUCGAGAGGAACAUUGAGAUUGAAUCGAAGGGCGACGAAAAUGCCCGCAAGGUCAGCGACCUGGAAUCUGAACUUAGGCGAACUAGAGACCGUCUUGGUGAAGCUCAGAGCGCCAUUAAGAAGAUCCACAAUAUUGCAAUCAACAGUGAUCGCAAUACCGAGAGUACCAAACGUACCCGUUCCCUGUCCCCCGGCGAAGCUGUAGUUCAACCCUCUGAAGCCAUUCGGGCAUUCAGGAAUGUUCUUCGGGAAAAGGACAACGAAAUCCAGCGCCUUGAACAAAAGCUCAAGGCCGCUGAAAAGCAGGCCAACGAAUUUGUUUCCAAAUUUGAAGCUGCUGAUGAAGCAAGAAGACGUCUUGAUAAAUAUUUAUCUGAUGCUAAACGAGAUGUCGCCAACCUUCAAAAGCAUCUCGACAGCUCUGAACGUCAAAAUCGCCGACUUGAGGACCGUAUCAGAGCAGUUGAGGCGGAGAAACAAGCUACCGAAAAGGCGAGAAAUUACCUGGAAGAGGAGUUGAAGAGAUUACAACAGUAAGCUAAUCAGAUCAAACAUUGCAUAAUUGCAUUCUAUUAUUUCAGAUUGUUCCAAAAGAAUACGACAGAUGAUGCAAGGAAAGCGCGUGAAGAAGCCGAAGAAUUCGCCUCCAAUAUGGAACAAGAUUACAAAAAUAGAAUCGCUGAGCUCACCAGCCGCAUUGAUUCGCUAAUGAAAGAUAACAAUCGUCUUAAGGCGGAGAUUUCACCAAUCAAGGACAAAUACCGAGACCUCGAAAAUGAAUACAACUCCCUCUUACGUCGCCUUGAAGAGAAAGGUAAGGUAUUUUAAAAUAAAAAAACAUUUGUAGAUACCCAACUUAAAUACACGGAGGAUCAUAAAACAAAGAUUCUGAAGGAUCUAGAAAACCUCCGUAGCCAGUAUGACGCAACUAGAACCGAAUUAGACAAAUAUAACAGUGAUAAUGAAGUGUUGACUAACAGAAUCAACGUCCUGGAACAACAGAACAAGGAGUUGAAGCAACAAAGAGACGAGAUCAGGUGAGAAAGAGAAACUUUCUACUAAUAAAAAUUCCAGUAAACAGCGUGAUGAACUAUCUCGUCAACUGUUUGAUGUCAAACAGACCAUCGAAACCGAGAAGACAAAGGGAACCAACGUCGAGGAGAACAUUCAAUCCCUUAAUGACGAAAUCGACAAGCUGAAAGCACAAGUCGGGGACUAUGAAAACCAAAUUGUCAUUCUUCGCAGACACAAUGAUGACCUGGAUACCCAGCUCAAGACCGCACAGUCCAAGCAAGGUGUUAUUGAAAACGAUGUUCAGACAAGGAUCAAAGAAAUCACAACCCUUAAUGAACUCAAUCAGAGAUUGCAGAAAGAAAAACAAGAAAUUCUAGAGUAAGUAUGAAAUAAAAUAUUAAUCACUCAUUCCUUCAGCGCCAAACACAAAACCGAACAGGAACUCGAUGCCUUCAAAGAAAGAAUUCGAAAAUUGGAAGCAGAAAUUGAUAAAUUGAAGAAGGAAAAUGAUGAGCUUACCAAGAAGGAAGCCAAUGCGCAAGAAGCCUUUUCCCAACAAACCAAACGAGUCAGCACUUUACAACUAGAUCUCCAAGAUGCAAGAGCCAAGAUUAAAGAACUAGAAGGUAGAGUUCCAAUACCCAAAAAUUACAAUAUUCAGAUAAAUUGGCUCGGCUAGAGAAGGACUACAAGGACCGGCUGAAGAAUUGGCAGAGAAACCGACAGUCCACCAAGUCAACUGAUAUUGGUGGAGGAAGUCUGGACUCUUCAACAACAGGGGGACAAACUGGUGGAGGAGAUACAGGAGACCUAACCGAAGAUAUUGUAGCCGGAGGCAAAGGCGGAAGAGGAGCUGACGACAGUGGUGUUGGUGGUGGAACAACCACAAAUGUUGACAGUACUUACAUCACCAAAUACGGAGGGUUCGGAGAUGCUUCUUAUCUGGAUCCAGAAAUCGUUGAGAGUAGGAUUAAAGAUAUCAAUGACAAAUGGAAAAUCGAGUUGGAUAAAGUGGAGAACGAAAAAGAUUCCCUUGAGUCCAAAAUUCGUGAACUGGAGGAUCAAAUUUCCCAAUUUAAUCGAGGCGAAGAACGAGAAAAGAACGAUCUUCUGGAUCAGGUUCGAAAACUUCAGAAUGAGAUUGACAAAUUGAAGGCCGAAAUCCUUCAGCUUAAUGACAAACAUCAAAGUGAACUAGAAGACGAAAAGGAAACUUAUCAAAAGGUAAUGUAUUUUGCCAAUAUCUUAAAAUGAAAUCGCAAAUCUUAUCUAAUAUUACCAUUUAGACCAUUGACGACAUUCGCAAGAGCGAAGCCGAACUUCAAGACAAAAUUAACAAACUUGAACAAGAACGAGCGGACUUGCUGAACCAACAAAGCGAAUAUGAAAAGGAGCGCAGGGAAUACGACGAAAAGUUGACAACCUUGGCUUCAAAUAACCAAAAACUGAAGGAUGACAUUGAAGACAUCCGGACUCAGACCGAAAAAGAAAUACAAAUCUGGAAGACCGACGCUUAUUCGGCGAGGUCCGAAGUUAAAUCCCUGGAAACUACAUUGGCAGGCUUGAAAACUCAACUGGCCGCAGCUACGGAAAGAGCUGAGACAUUAAACAAAACCGUCAACGACCAUGUCUCCAAGAUCAGAGAUUGUAAGUUCAUUUCACCAUCAAUAACACAAUAAAAUUCAGUAACUUCUCAAAUCCGAAAGCUCGAAGAAGAACUGACCGAUGCCAAAGCUAAUGCCCAUUCCAAGGAAGUCGAGCUGGACAACGCUCAGAACAGAAUCAGACAAAUCGAAGAGCAAUUGGCAGCCUUACAAGCCGAACAUGCAAGAACCCGAGGAGAAUUGGGUGACAUCAACCGUGAAUACUCGAAUGUCGUCAUCAUCAGAGACGACUUGCAGAAGGAAAACGAGAAAUUGUCCCGUAGGAACAAAGAACUCGAGUCCAUUCUCAAAGAAAUUAGAAACGGCACUGACCACCUCAAAAAUGAGGUAAGUCAAUUUCUAUACAUUUUAUAAAGAUGUUCACAGCAGUUCUCAACUUUUUUUAGGGCAAAAAAUGGGUUGACAUUGAUUUUGUAAAAUCACACUGAAAAAUUUUCGUCCUGCAGCGAUUUUCCAAAAUCCGCACACCAAUUUGUUCUUUGAAAAACUUCUCAAAAAUCAAAAUCAAAACACGACAUUCAAAACAUCCAGAAAAUAAAUCGAUUUUGAGAUUUUUAUUUUAAAAUGGUCGGAUGCAUCCUACUCGCACAUUAUUGUAACAUUUCUCAAAAAUCGGCCAUUCAGAAGACCCACAGCCAAUUUUUCCAUAAAAUUCUGCUAUAGUAAAUAAAAAAAAUUACAAAAAGUCAUAAUACCACUCUUUCGCAUAGUGGAUUCUGUUAAAAUUUGUAAUCCGAAGGUCGCGGAUUCGAUUCCCAAUGGACGAAAAAUUUGACAAACUCUGUAAAACUUAAAGAAAUCGAUCAAGCUGUGUUGGUUAGGCAUAUUUAAGCUAUAAUAUAUAUGACUAUGUAUAUCCAGGCGAUAAUGUAAUUUUUAAAGUAUUUUUUGAAGAUAAAUCAGCUUUCAGUAUAUUUUCGAAGAAGGUCAGUUGCAGAAAACCGGUAAAACUAAAGUAGUUAGGGGUUUCAAUCAUAGGAUUCAACGAAAGAGAUUUUUAGGGAACCAAGAUUACUGUAACAUAGAACGGCCGCUAAAAAUUGGCCGUGGAUUUUUUUUAACAGAAACUUGAUAAUUAUUCGAUUUUCAAAAUCAACGCAAAACUCAACUUGUGUGACCUAGAGGUUCCAAAAAGUUCUGCCAUCAGGGGAAUUUGCAAAGGACCCACCUGGGAUCCGGUUCCGGUCACCUUUAUAUCAUCUAGCGCCCGGAAAAAAUCGAGCUGAAACGGAAAAGAUUUUUCUUUUCUUGACAUUUCAAAAAAGUACAGAACGCUGUGAAUGGUAAAAAUUGUUUACUUCGAGAAAGGGCAAAAAAUCUACACAAAACAAUUCAAGCAGCAGAAAACCCGUGGAAAACUUGGCUUGUCAGGCAUAACUGCGAAAAAUGGGACCAUUUUUUUUGAAUCGCUUAAACCCAAACCCUCUUUGCGCAUCAUUAAAUAUUGUAAUUACAACUACCUAGGUGGCAAAAUAUACAUUAAGCGUAUUUUUUGCGGGGUCAGGAAAUUAUGGGUGACGCAGAGUCGGGUGGUGCAGGUUCGGGUGAGAACUUUCGGGUGAUCGCAAAGUCGGGUGAUGCAAAGUCGGGUGGUGCAUAUUCGGGUGAUGGAAUUUUGGGGUGGGGGAAUUCUCGGGUGAUGAAAAAUAUUGCACUGAAGGCUACUAAAUAUAAAAUAUUGUACUAAUGGCUACUAAAUAUGACGUAAUAUUGUUAAAAUUUUUUUAAUUUUAUGCUUUUUGGGGUUUUCGACCUUCAGGAGUCCAAAAAUGAAAACCAUUUUGUUCAAAAUUCUCUGUGCGUAUUACUAUUGUCGUUUUAAUUCUAAGUAAAUAUAAGAAUUACUGUAAAUUUUAUGAAUGAACCCAAUUCUGUAUUUGUUUUGGGGUUUUCGAUCAUUAUCGCAGAAAAAUAGUAUUCACAGAAAAUUUUGAACGAAAUGGAUUCCAUUUUUGGAUUCCUGAUGGUUGAAAACCCCAAAAAGCAUAAAAUUUAAAAAAUUUUUAAAUUUUAACAAUAUUGCGUCAUAUUUAGUAGCCAUUAGUACAAUAUUUUAUAUUUAGUAGCCUUCAGUGCAAUAUUUUUCAUCACCCGAGAAUUCCCCCACCCCAAAAUUCCAUCACCCGAAUAUGCACCACCCGACUUUGCAUCACCCGACUUUGCGAUCACCCGAAAGUUCUCACCCGAACCUGCACCACCCGACUCUGCGUCACCCAUAAAUUCAGUCACCCAUUUUUUGCAGCAUAACCGACUCCAAAAUAUUCUCCGUGAAAAGAGUAAACAACUUGACCAUCUUCAACAACUCUCCAGCCAAUUUGAAAACAAGAUGAGCAAACUUCGCAAGGAACUUCAAGACACCUCAUCGAAACUGAUUUCAACUGAAAAUGAAAGGAAUAAUCUCCGAACUGAGAUCACUCGUAUUCAACAAGAACUGACAUUUGGUGAAGAACAAAUGCGCCGAAAGACCGAUGAGUACCAAGCUGCCAUCGAGGACUGGACUAACGCCCAUCGGCAAGCCGAGGAUGCUAGAGUCAACGCUAUUCAGGAAUUGGAAACUAAAAAGUACGAGCUGAGUGACUUACAGUCUCGCCUGGACAGCACCGAACAACGACUGGCCUAUCUUCAGCAGGAAUAUAUUAAAGCUGACAAUGAAAGAGAUGCGUUGAGAGAUAGCCUUCGCAGAUUCCAGAGUAGCAUCAGUCGUGUAAUUAACAUCAACCGAUUCUCCAACAUUGAUGUAAGCUAACCAACAUGUAUACUCCCCGCCAAAAGUUUUGACCCCCCUUCUAACUCGGUCCAAAGUGUACCAAUUUGGACCAAAUUUGGUACGUAGUCUACUGACAGCCUAGUAACAAAAAUAUCAUAGUAGGACAAACCAUAUUGAUGUAUUUCAAAAUCCAGGGACAAUUUUCAAAAAUCACCUCAAAAAAACGGGACAAAAGUUUUGACCCCCCUGCAAUAAAAUUAAAUAUCGCCACCGGAUGUAGCCCGAACCUUUUACAAUCGAUGCCCCAUACCUGAAUACAGAUUAAUAAAUGCUUUUUCGUUGAAUGCUUCGUUGCAUUUGACGAUGCAAAGCGUUAAACUGAUUCUGAUGUAGAGCUGCCCAAAAUGGUAAAAAUCUUGUACUGGCGCUUUCUAAAAGUUCUAAAUUAUGUUCACAUCAUGUGAUUUUGAUGUGUUAUAACCUGCAUUAACCUUUUCCUUUCGAAAAAAGUCCAUGAUGGCCUAGCGGUAUCGAUUCGGCCGAUAUCUAGUUGCCAUGGUCAGCCUUGGUGAGCCAUUUGCUCUUUCACUAAAGGGCUAGAUGUGGUCGCUAUGUCCUCAAUCUAAUCCUGAGACUCAUAUCAACUCUUAAACCAAGAAUAAACUCCCGCUGACACGAUCUCGUAUGGUUUGCAGAUGCAACUUUGCCGAUCUGCACCUUAAUGAAAACCCCGCUUUUUUCAAAUGGAUUUUUUGCGACCAAAAAUGGCUUUCAUUUAAUGGGCCAGGUAAUUUAGGACGCUACAGCACCCGCCAUGCUCAUUUGAGACGUAUAGAACGACAAAUGGGCGGUAUGGAUGGCAUCGUACUCAGGGGCAUCUACAGUAACGGCAAACUUAAGAUUAAGGUGAAUGAAACCCAUUCCAAAACGCGUCAAAUCAAAACUUUUUACCCUGCUGAGAGUAAAUAGGAGUCUCAGGAUUACAUUGAGGACCUAGCGACCACAUCUAGACCUUUAGUGAAAAAGCAAGUGGCUCACCAAGGCUGACCAUGACAACUGGAUAUCCGCCGAAUCGAUACCGCUAGGCCAUCAUGGACUUUUUUGAAAGGAAAAGGUUAAUGCAGGUUAUAACACAUGAAGAUCACAUGAUGUGAACAUAAUUUAGAACUUUUAGAAAGCGCCAGUACAAGAUUUUUACCAUUUUGGGCAGCUCUACAUCAGAAUUAGUUUAACGCUUUGCAUCGUCAAAUGCAACGAAGCAUUCAACGAAAAAGCAUUUAUUAAUCUGUAUUCAGGUAUGGGGCAUCGAUUGUAAAAGGUUCGGGCUACAUCCGGUGGCGAUAUUUAAUUUUAUUGCAGGGGGUCAAAACUUUUGUCCCGUUUUUUUGAGGUGAUUUUUGAAAAUUGUCCCUGGAUUUUGAAAUACAUCAAUAUGGUUUGUCCUACUAUGAUAUUUUUGUUACUAGGCUGUCAGUAGACUACGUACCAAAUUUGGUCCAAAUUGGUACACUUUGGACCGAGUUAGAAGGGGGGUCAAAACUUAUGGCGGGGAGUAUAUAUAAAAACGUCUUUUAAGGAUAUUUCCGGAGUCCACGGUGAUCCAGGAGCCAGUGGAAUUGGUGGUAUUCAUACGAAUGUCACCACAAACAUCUCUGGUCCCGCUGCCGCCGGCGAUCUGACUGACGACGUUAUCUUCAAGUCAACUCCUCUUCCACCGUCUGACGGAGAAUUGGAAGAACCUCGAGGAGCCGGAGUUGGAAUUAAUAUUUCCAGCAUUGACAGUUCGCUCCAGAAUCUGGUAGCUCGAAUUGAUAAGUUGCAGAGAGAACGCGUAAGUAUAGUUAUUAGGGGUAAAAUGAGGGAACUUCUUUUGUAAAAUAACUGAGUACUUUAGGACGAAUACCGUGAAGAGCUGAACCGUCUCAAACAGAAGACCAACCAGGCCCACACCACCAUAAACAAACGGGAAACGCACUACAAGACUGUUGAAGAAAACCUGACUGAGAUUGAAGACGACAAACGCAAUUUGGAAGUUCAUUUAGCUCAAGCUAAACAACUAAUUCGAUCUCAGGAAGACGCAAUCAAACAACGGGACGAUGAAAGACGCCAGCUUAAAUCCAAGCUGACAGCAUCAGAAUUGCAAGCAAGGGGCAAGGAGGCCCAGAUCAGACAUAUGAAUGAACAACUCCACAACCUCCGAACCGAUCUCACCAAUGCCCAUGAAGAACUUCGAUCUCUGCGGGACAAAGACGAAUCCCUCGAAUCUGGCCGCUAUCAAUUAGAAAGCAAACUUCGAGAUCACGAAAGUGAACUGCAGAAGUUGUCCAUCAGAAUUACCAAUUACGAGUCUGAGAAACAAAACCUUUCUGAGAGAGUAAAAGAGCUUGAAGGGCAACUUAAGCUUAGUGAGACCAAGAAUUCCGACCUUCGAGAUGAUGCCGAAAAGCUGAGAAGAGACCUUCUAAAGGCUGAGGCCACAGAAACUGAUCUCAAGAAAUCUUUGGAUCAAUAUUACAGAAAUAGUGCUGAUGUUCAGACGUUGAGAGAUCAGCUAACCAGAUUACAGAGUGAAUUAAAUGACGCCAAUAACAAGAGACAAAGCCUGGAGACCGAGCUGGUUAGCUCUCGAUCUGAACUUAGAGAUUACAAACAACGAAACCUGGACUUUAAUGGAAGAAUUGGAGACCUACAACGGCAAUUACAAGAUGCCACUUUGGAAAAGAAUCGUGCCGAGAACAGACUCAUCGAUUUGGAAAAGGUAAGGGAAAUAGUCAUCAUAUAACCCUUUACCUUUAUUCUUUCUAGACCUUGGCCACUCAAAGAGUAUCUGAAACCGAUCUCAAGCAACAAUUAGAAAUCCUCCGAACAGAAAAGAAAUCUCUGACGAAAGAAUUGGAAGAGACCAAGACCCGACUACAGCAACUUGAAAGUGAACGAACUUCUUUGAUCAGAAUCCAGGAUGCCUGGAAGAGAGAGAAACAGAGUCUGAUCAAGAAGAUCGAGCAUGUAAGUUCAUUUGUAUUUACCAGGGUUUUUAAUUUGACGGAUUUUUUUCAAUCUGACGUCAACUUGACGCCAAAUUACCGUCAUUUUGGCUAAAUUGGAAAACAACCUUCAAACGCGAGUUUAACAUAGGGUAUGAUGAAUACCGUUUAUAUCAUUCGCAACUAGUUUUAUUUCUUGUUUCACCAUUUUGAUAAGAAUGCAACUUUUGUUUCUAAAAAUUCUAAAGUCCUACGGUUUUUAGGAAAAAUCUACACAAAAUUUCCAAAAAAGCUCAAUUUGACAUUUAAAAUGACAAAACAAUUUUGACAUGACGGCAAUGCGGCAGCGUGACCGAUGCGUCAAGUUGACAACUUAACAAAACUAGUAGUAUUUACAUUACUUAACGUUAUGCAACUUUAUGUAAUAUUUUUGAAAAAAAUACGUAAUGUCGUCUUAUUUUUCAGUUGGAAGGUGAAAAACGUAGAACCGACGCUGCAAUUAGAGAAACUGCCCUGCAACGCGAAGCCAUAGAGAAAUCGCUGAAUGCAAUGGAAAGAGAAAAUAGAGAACUCUACAAGAACUGUGCCCAACUACAACAACAAAUCGCUCAACUCGAAAUGGAUAAUGGAAAUAGAAUCAUCGAGUUGACUAAAAAACAACGAGAAGAGCAAGAACGGCAGACCAUCAAGAUCAAAGCCGAGAAACAACAAAUCGAGAGACUAAUUGAUAGUCGCGAUAGAACUGCCAGACAACGAAUCCAACAACUCGAAGGCCAGAUACAAAGUCUUCGUGAUCAGCUGGAGAAUGAAAGGCGACGGCGCCGAGACAUUGCUGAUAGACAGAUUGUGGGCGAUAUGGGAAGAUUGGGAGGAAAUUACUUCGGUCUCCCAUCAGUCCACACUCGAGUUGGUGUGAAUGGAUUCAGUUCAGUUGGACCCACUUAUCCCCCAGUCGAGAAUAUAGAUAGCACUAGGUGAGAACGACGGCUGAUUUUGAGGAUUUACAAUAUUUUUUAGAUUUAUCCGCUCUACAUUUGCUUCAAAUCCGCUGACCCCGCCUCGAGGAGCCUCAACCCCCACCCGAUCCCAUGUCUUCUCAGGGCAUGAUGAGAGCUCUUCGUCCUUGGCUCGUGAACAUGGAUUCGAUCAGGAACAUCAUGAACCUCAACGCUCUCUGGAUGAUGAACUGCCACAACUCUCUCUUACACGUGGGCUUUAGCUAUCCUGGCCUAACUUUCUCUGAUUUCAGCCCGGAUGUAA